AUGGCCGAAGACUCCUUCCUGCACCUCGCCCGCCCCCUGGGCCCUGUCUCUGUGGGGACCGCUCCCACCACUGCCCCUCUGAACGUGGUGAUCCAGCCGCAGGCCAUCUUCUCCAUUCUCGACCACUCGCUUCGCCGUAAUGCCGAUCAGGAACGCGUCAUCGGAACGCUGCUUGGAACACGAUCGGAGGAUGGAGGCGAGGUCGAAGUGCGCUCCGCGUUUGCCGUGGGCCACUCCGAGGCUGAGGACCAGGUUGAGGUCGACAUGGAGUACCACAAGCAGAUGCUGGCUUUGCACUUGAAGGCCAACCCGCGCGAGGUUCUGGUCGGCUGGUAUGCCACCGCCUCUGAGCUCAACACUUUCUCCGCCUUGAUCCAGAACUUCUACAGCGGUCAGGGUGACGGCACAUGGCCUCACCCUGCCGUUCACCUGACUGUCUCGACCGAGCCCGGCAAGGAUCUCGAGACCCGUGCUUACAUCUCCGCCCCCGUUGGUGUCACCGCUGAGCGGGCCGCCGACAGCGCCGCUUUCAUUCCCGUCCCCUACGAGCUCCGAUACGGCGAGGCCGACAAGAGUGGUCUCGAGGCCAUUGCCAACGCCAAGGAUUCCGAGGAGCGCUCCGUUUCCAUCACCUCUGACGUUGAGGCUCUCGAGCGUGCCAUUGAGGAGGUUAUUUCCAUGAUCGACCGUGUGUCACGAUAUGUCGAGUCGGUGAUCGAUGAGGAGGCCCCCGCUUCAACUGCCAUGGGUCAGUUCUUGCUGAACGCUCUUGCUCUGGCCCCCAAGGUCGAGCCGGCUGACAUUGAGCGCGACUUCAACAACCACAUCCAGGAUGUCCUCGUUGUUUCUUACCUGGCCAACACCAUCCGCACACAGAUGGAGCUGUCCAACCGCCUAGCAACUGCCCAGCUGACCCUGGGUAGCGGUGAGGGUGCCAACGCUGGUGAGGGCCGCAACCAGCGCGGUGGUAAGGGUGGCCGUAACCAACGCCAGGACCGUGCUCCCACCGAGGAAGCUCGCGCAUAG